AAUUUUUUAAUUAGAAUUUGAAAUAUAAAACUUAAAUUUAGACUGUUUAAUAUUGAUCAAAUGAUCACCGAUGAAACCGAAUGCGUGAAUGCGUGCAUUAGUGAGUAGAAUGAGUUCUCAUCUUAUAUGAGAUUAUAAGAAAAUUGAAGAGUAAGAUAUACAUUUGCCUUUGAUUAUAUUAUAAGUCAAUAUCCUUUUCAUCAUUGUUUCAUGUUUGAGUAGGAGGAAAAAUUUGGUAAUGGAAACCACUUCACACAUGCUUUAGUACUAGCCACUCCUAUAGCAUGAAAAUGAGUUGAAAACUGAACUUGAAAGUGAUUUUCUACCCUUUGAGGCUUGAAAAUUGAUAUGUUGAUGGCAAAUUAUGUUUGAAAUAUGUUAUUGAUCCUGUGCCGCACUUACUCGUACGUCUUGUUUAGCAGUUCUGUUUGACCAUUUCACUUCACCAUGUCAAGCUUGGAGGAACUGCUUGGUGUCGACAAGUUGCCGAGCAUGAGGACCAUUGAUAGGAUUCAGAGAUUCUCGUCUGGUACUUGUCGUCCGAGAGUAGAUGACAUUGGCAACAUGGGAAACUUCUGGCUUGGAGGACGGAGUUGCAGUACAUCUAACAGCUGCAAUGAUGAUGAUGAUGAUGAGUAUACAGCAGACACAUUCCCAUGGAAGAGACAGACAAGAAACUUCUCCCAAGAUGAAUCCUUAAACCAAAAGGCUAGUACCAAAGCGAGGAAAUCGAUGAAAUUUGGAAUGAUUGAUGAUUCAUUCUCUGAAUACCAGUAUAGUCCAAAUUUCAAAAACAAAGACAUUCCAAAUUCAACAUAUAAGUUUCUGGAAGGUAUACCGAGGUCCGUAAAGAUUGUGGAAGUUGGUCCAAGAGAUGGAUUACAAAAUGAAAAGAACAUUGUACCUACAUCUGUAAAGAUCGAAUUGAUUCAUAAACUAGCUUCAUCGGGAUUAUCCGUUAUCGAGGCAACGAGUUUCGUAUCUCCGAAAUGGGUUCCACAGUUGGCUGAUGCAAAGGAAGUAAUGCAAGAAGUUCAUCGCUUGAGAGGCAUCAGAUUACCGGUUCUGACCCCUAAUUUAAAGGGUUUUGAAGCUGCUAUUGCAGCUGGUGCAAAAGAAGUAGCUGUUUUCGCAUCAGCUUCUGAAUCAUUCUCAAAAUCAAACAUUAACUGUAGUAUUGAAGAGAGUCUUGCUCGUUAUCGAGCUGUUACUCGUGCUGCUAAGGAACUCUCAAUUCCUGUCCGGGGGUAUAUAUCAUGUGUCGUUGGAUGCCCGGUGGACGGACCAACGCCUCCCUCGAAAGUCGCAUAUGUUGCGAAAGAAUUAUAUGAUAUGGGCUGCUUUGAAAUUUCUCUUGGUGACACAACUGGAGUUGGCACACCAGGAACCGUUGUCCCUAUGCUCGCGGCUGUAAUGGCAGUUGUUCCAAUAGACAAGAUUGCUGUCCACUUCCAUGACACUUAUGGCCAAUCACUUUCAAAUAUUCUUGUUUCCCUCCAAAUGGGAGUUAGUAUAGUGGAUUCAUCUGUUGCUGGUCUUGGUGGGUGUCCUUAUGCUAAGGGAGCAACAGGAAAUGUUGCUACUGAAGAUGUUGUGUACAUGCUGAAUGGAAUUGGUGUGAAAACCAACAUUGAUCUUGAAAACCUCAUGUUGGCUGGAGACUUCAUCAACCACCAUUUACAGCGGCCGUCCGGUUCAAAGACUUCCAUUGCGUUGAACCGAUCCACCGCGGAGGCAUGCCUCUAAGAUAUAUGAUAUAUAAUAUAAAUGUUAUGUUCAAUAACAAUAUAUAAAUUCAUGUGAAUGCUUUAUGCAGUGAUAUCAUAUGAUGCUUUGUUCAUACUAUAACAUUAUAAAUUUUCAUGAUUUAAUAGUUAAUAUUCUGUUUUUUCCUUCAUAUUUUUGUUUUUCUCCCAAGCUAAUGUUGGGGAUUUGUGUUGUUUUUCUCCCAAACUUUAUUUUGUCUCG